AGGGUGAUUAGAAAAAGAGGGAGAGAGAGAGAGAGAGAGAGAGAGAGAGAGAGAGAGAUAUGGACACGCAGUGAAGGAUAAAAGAGGCAGCGAAAGCAGAGAAAGAAGGCAGAUCAGGAGCCUUGCAUUUCGCUUUAGCAUUGCACACACCACCAUAGAUACACACUGCUCCUAGUCCUGUACCUUUAGUCUUAACCCCUAGAACUCAAGGCCUGCCACGAAGCAUUCAGGCGAGCUAAGGUGGUGCUCUGCGGCUGCCAUACCGCUGUGGCGUGUAGGCCGCAGAGCCAUUGCUUCCCAUUAGGAGAGAGAUUUGGUGGGUUUUUGCUCCAAGUGAAUCCGGAUUCUUGAUCCCUGGCGAGUUUUUUUGCACAUUGCUCCUACUCGGCGGCCAAUUCGGUCCAAGAUUUGCGGCUCCCGGAUCAAAAUCUGGUCUUGGAGACAAAUUUGUGGGGGGAUUUGAGGUUUCCUCGCGCAAAGGUCGCUGCUUGCCUUGUUUGGGGGCAAAGAGGAGCCUCCGGAGAGUAUUAGAGGAGGGAGGGGCGUAGAUUCUUCCAUUGCUUUGGACACGGAGCUAUGAGACAAUGAGAGAAGAGAGCAACAAGAAGAGCAAGCUCUCCUGGUCGAAAUCCAUUGUGAGGAAGUGGUUCAACAUCAAGACUAAGGCUCAGGAUUUCCAUGCAGAUUAUGAUGCCAGCCAAGGGAGGGACGGUCAUGGUGGUGAAUGGAGGACCAGCUGCUCAGAGAGGGAGGCAGGCACAGCCAAGAAAAGCAGAACUGACCGGUCGGUGAAGCGGAAUAUGGACCAGAUCCGUGUAGGAAGGAACGACUUCGAUGCGGCAAGACUGACAGAAGUUCAAGAUUACAGAAUCUUUGCCUCCACAUGGAAUGUCGGUGGUAAAUCCCCACCAAGGGGACUAAAUUUAGAUGAGUGGCUCCAUUCUUCACCUCCAGCUGAUAUCUAUGUGUUAGGAUUUCAAGAAAUUGUUCCUUUGAAUGCUGGGAAUGUUCUUGGCACUGAAGAUAAUCUCCCUGCAAAAAAGUGGGUAUCACUCAUUAGACGGACAUUGAAUAAGAAUCCUGGGGUGGGCUGUUAUGGUGGCUAUCGCACACCAUCUCCUGUCCCUGAUCCGGUUGUGGAACUGGAUGCUGAUUUUGAGGGAUCAUUGAGAAGACAGGAUAAUCCCUCAUUUUUACAUCGCAGAUCAUUCCACAAUCUUAGCCAGAGUUUAAGAAUUGAAGGAAAUUAUAUGUUAUCGCAACCAAGGUUGGAUCGUAGGUUUAGUGUGUGCGACCCAGCUGGCUUGGGAGGCAGACCAAGUGAUUUUGAUGGAAAUUUUCCGUUCAUGGGAUCACCAGAUGAUGAAUAUAUUGACGAGGCCACAAGUAAUGGAGCAUAUUUUUUACCAUUCCCAUAUGGCUAUGGUGCCUCAGCACCUAUGGAAGAAAACAAUGAGCAGCCAGAUACAUCUAGGUACUGUUUAGUUGCCAGCAAGCAGAUGGUUGGUAUAUUUCUCACCAUUUGGGUACGCAGCGAAAUAAGAAAUGAUGUGAGAAACCUGAAAGUUUCUUGUGUGGGUAGAGGACUAAUGGGUUAUCUUGGAAAUAAGGGGUCAAUAUCAAUAAGCAUGUCUUUGCACCACACAACCUUCUGUUUUAUCUGUUGUCACUUGACCUCUGGGGAAAAGGAGGGAGAUGAACUGCGAAGGAAUUCUGAUGUCAUGGAAAUUGUAAGGAAGACUAGAUUUCCUCGGGUCCGAGGUGUGGCUGAUGUCAAGUCACCAGAAACAAUUCUUGAGCAUGAUCGUAUUAUAUGGCUUGGGGACUUGAAUUACCGGAUUGCCCUUUCAUAUUGUUCAGCGAAAGCUCUUGUGGAAAUGCAUAAUUGGAAGCAACUAUUGGAGAAAGAUCAGCUUCGAAUAGAACAAAGACAUGGGCGUGUUUUCCAGGGAUGGAAAGAAGGAAGGAUUUAUUUUCCUCCAACAUAUAAAUACUCAUUCAACUCAGACCGUUAUUCUGGAGUGUGUCCUAAAGAAAAGAGGAGAACACCAGCUUGGUGUGACCGCAUUUUGUGGUAUGGUAAUGGCCUCAUUCAGUUGUCGUAUGUUCGUGGAGAAUCUCGGUUCUCAGACCACAGACCAGUGUACAGUGUUUUCAUGGUGGAGGUUGAAAUUGUCCGCCUGAGGAGAAAAAACACAGGCUUAUUUAGCUCUAGAAUUGAGGUGGAAGAGCUUUUGCCAUAUUCUCACAGCUGUGGAGGGUUCUAGUAAUCUGGCUCACAUUGACAUAAGGUUGGAGCUUGUUUUCUGCAUUAACUUGAGUUGACAGAUUCUUGAUGAACAAUAAUUGGGGUCAAAUAUUGGUUAGAUGAUCAGAUGUAAACCUGACAAUAUUUUUUCAUCGGGUCUUUAUUGUUAGCUUUCUAGAUGCACGCUUGACUUUGAAUAAUUAUUGCCGAGUUCUAACCCCAAGUCAGAUGCUUGAGAAGCACAUUAUGCAAAAAUUAACAUAAAGGAUAUUGAGCAAUUUUGCAACUAACCGUGUGCCUGUGAACAGCUAUGUUCAAACAAGGAUCAGCCCACACCUGUACAUCAUUAACUAUACAGCUCAGCCAACCAUCGUCUUUCAUUUGAUUUCCUCGUUUAUAAACAUCAUCAUUUUUCUUCUCCCUUUGCCUUUGUGAACUUUGCAAGCUGACCUGUGUAUCAGUAUCAGCAUGAGGUGUAAAAUGAUUGCAAAUCGGCAAAGGGAAUGAUGCUUGCAUUGAACUGAUCCUGGAUCAUGAUUUCCAGCGCUGAGAGAGAACAGGGAUAGAUUGAUGUGACUUGGGAGGCUUGCAAAGUUGUUAUCAUGUGCAUAACUUCUGUACUUGAGAAGCAAAAUGAUGCCAGCAUUU